AUGACACUAACUAUUGAUUUGGUUAUACUAUUUUUAUGCCUUGGAGUUGCAUAUCCUGGCGUGACUGGAAUUUUUAUGGACAAACUUGCCAGCAAAAAGCUCUGUGCUGAUGAGGAGUGUGCUUACACCAUUUCCCUUGCCAGAGCAGAAGAUGAUUACAACGCACCAGACUGCAGGUUCAUUAAUAUUAAAAAAGGGCAGUUGAUUUAUGUUUAUUCAAAACUAGUGAAAGAGAGAGAAGCUGGAGAGUUCUGGGCUGGAAGUGUGUAUGGUGAGCAGUAUGAAGACCAGAUGGGAACAGUUGGCUACUUCCCUAGCAGUUUAGUCUCUGAGCAGUAUGUUUAUCAAGAAGCUAAUAAGACAAUCCCUACAACAGCCAUUGACUUCUUCUGUGAAUAG